AUGACUGCGACGAGUGUUGAGCAAUAUCCGUUGUUGCAUGACGAUUACUCUGAGGAAGAACGAUUUGGUCGACAGCAGCGGUUCCGUCCAAUGACAAUAAGGAACAGAGUUAGAAAUAAAGUAAGAGGCGCAGCUUUCCUUCUAAAACGUUGGCCGGGCUAUUGGUCUACAGUCUUGUUAUACUGGUGGAUAGCUACAGGAAUGAUAGUAAUUACUACAUUAUUUAUAUACAAUGGGAUAGCUGUUUAUGCCCUGAUACCUACUGAAUACAAUAGACUUCCAUACAUUGAGAAACCUUCUACGUUUGAUGUCUUAAUGCAUGUACAUGUGAAAAUAGAUGACGAAAUAGAUGUUACAAAGUUUUUACCUCAUCUAUCAGCUCUUUCAACCCAAUACAACGAGUAUACUUAUCAUUUGAUUGUAGUUGUUAAUGAUGUUAACUCUCCAAUUGAUUUACUAAAGACAUCAAAUGAUAAUAUAAAUAACGAGGUUGCUCUACAAUCACUUUUGAAUGAAGAAGUCGCUGGUGAUAAAAAAAGCUUGAUAAAAUUGGAACAAAUUUUCUUGACAAAAUAUUUAGAUACAUCACCUAUAAGCAAACGCUGGAGAAAUAUGCCACAUCAUUUCAUUGAAUUCAUGGUCAGAGCUAUCUCAAUAUGGGAAAGAGGUGGCUUAGCCUUUAAUCCAAUCAUGUUGAUACCGAAUUCUCCAUAUACUCGUCAUAUGGAAAAAGUGAAGACCUUACUAAAAAUAUACAAGGAAUCAUCCCGUUCCUUAAAAACAGUAUCUUUAGAGAAAACAACAAAUGAAAAUAAUAAUCUAAACCGACCCAAGGUUAAUAACAUACGUGAUAUUAUUGAUGCCAUGGAACUACUAGAUGGUAAUAAUCUUAAAAUUGAAGCAAGAAAAAAUGAGGAAUUCACAUCCUUGGAAACGGCUGAAAGCAGAUUUUUUAAUCCUUUUGCGAUUAACCUAUUAAAUGAUACUAAAAUCGUGUCAGACAAAAUAACUGGAUCAUUUCAACAAAAAAACAAUGCAAUUAAACUUAGUAAAAAUGACAAAAAAGGUUCGCAAGAACCAAAAAAAUAUACUCCUGAUUUCAUUGGAAUAGAUGACGCAAACAAUAAACUCGAUGAAAUAUCAUACACAGUAAAUAAUAAUAAUUCAAAUACUUUACCUGUCGUUUUUAAAUAUUUAUCGAGUGAUAAAAAUAAACAGAAUGUAACGAGACAAAGAAAAAGUAUUAUAUAUUUAAAACCUGUUGGUCAAGAAGAGAAAAAUAAAAGUCUAAGUAUGGAUAACCGAAAUAUUAAUAUCACAUCAAAUCAUUUUGAAUCCAAUAUAAUUUAUUCAAACAUAAAUAUAGCUAAUAACGAUCCGUCGAAUGUGACAAUAAAUGAUAAAAAGUCGCAUGUUAAUAUCAAUAGCAAUAAAUCAAUAGAUCAAUUAACAAUAGAUUUAAGUGGAAACAUUUUAGCGUCUAAAGCACCUUGCCACGCUUUUAUUGGUACUUUAUUUAGUAAUGUACUUCGUCACGAAAGUGAAGAUACUGUUUCCGAAUUUAUAAUGGACGAAUUGUCCUUAUUCUGCAAAAACGAUAGUCUUACUUCAUGUAAUGGAAUCGAUGUUAUAUUUCCUUAA